AUGGCUUGUCGUACAACUACUUCGCCUCCUAGGGGCAACUCACUUGCCCUUCAGAUCCUUAAGGAUCUUUCUUGGACUGACAGACUUCUCCCUUUGCUCAUCAUCUUGGCUAUGAUUGUUGGGAUCUUAUUGUCGGUUUAUGCCCCAUCAAGUAGAAAUGAUUUUGACUCUUCUGCCAAGUUGGAAGGUGUUUCCGUUCCUCUUGCGAUUGGACUUCUUGUUAUGAUGGUCCCACCUCUUUGUAAAGUCGAAUGGGAAAACCUCCACAAAUUCGCUACUCAAAGAGCCUUUUUACAUCAACUUUGGAUAUCGUUUAUCAUCAACUGGGUCAUUGGUCCCUUUGUAAUGUUUGGUUUGGCUUGGCUCACCUUAUUCGACGAAGAUGAAUACCGGACUGGUAUCAUCAUGAUUGGUUUGGCUAGAUGUAUUGCCAUGGUUCUUCUUUGGAAUGAUAUUGCCGAUGGUGAUAACACCCUUUGUGCCAUUAUUGUUCUUAUCAACAGUCUUUUACAAAUUGUUCUUUAUGCUCCAUACCAAAUUUUCUUUUGUUAUGCCAUUACUGGGACUUCUUAUGGUGAUAAUGUUGGUGCAGCUCAAACUUACCCACUUGUGGCCAGAAGUGUGGCUGUUUACUUGGGGAUACCCUUAGGAGUUGGUGUUAUCAUCAGACUUGCAGGUUUGAAGCUUUUGGGACGCGACCGUUACUACAAGAAUUUGCUUCCUAUCGUAGGACCAUGGGCCUUGAUUGGACUCUUGUACACCAUUGUGGUGAUUUUCAUUGAAAAGGGUGACGAUUUCAUCAAACAUAUUGGUUCUGCCUUUAGAUGUUUUGUCCCCUUGACCCUUUACUUCUCCAUCAUGUGGUUUGGAACGUUUUUCGGAAUGAGAUUCAUUUCAAAUACUCUUUAUCGUAGAUCUAACAUGGUGGCAUCAGAAAAGAGUGAUGAAACUCAGCCACUUUGUGGAUGUGAAGAUUGGAAAAGGGGUAAAUGGAACCAAUCUUCAUGUAGUGCCAACUAUGGUGAAACCAUUACCCAAACUUUCACUGCUGCUUCUAAUAACUUUGAAUUGAGUCUUGCUAUUGCCAUUUCCAUCUAUGGAUCUGGAAGUAAACAAGCCAUUGCAGCUACUUUUGGACCUUUAUUGGAAGUUCCAAUCUUGUUAGCAUUGACUUACGUUGCAAAGAUUUUCAAAGAGAAAUUUGCAUGGGUUGAUGUGAAGAGAGGGGUAUUUGAUGAAGAAAUUUCAGCUGAAGAUAGUGAAGUAAGUGACGAAAGUGCUUAA